GUGACAAGGAUGCACACGGACGCCAUCAUUGAGGCUGUCGGGGGCAUGUCCCGCUUCCAGAUCCUCAUGGUAGUCUUCAUAUUCUGUCCAAGGAUGCUUAUGGCGUGGGGGAUGUUGAUGAUGUCGUUUGCUGGGACUACUCCAGAUUGGUGGUGUCUCCCAGCUACAGCGCCCUCUGUUGAUGAGACCGACUACAUGAACAACGUCACAUUGAAAUUAUGUCCUACCUCGGACAACAUCACCUGUCAGGUUGUGUACAGCCAGGAUAAAAACACUAUCGUCAGUGAGUGGGGUUUGAUUUGUGACCGCAAAGAGGGCAAUCCUCUCGUCACAUCAGUACAAAUGGCUGGAGUCUUUGUUGGGGCCUUGCUUGGCGGACAGUCUGCUGACGUCCUCGGUCGGAAGUGGACUUACUUCGUCUGUCUGGUCCUUCAAGGUGGAUUCAAUCUAGUGGCAGCAUUCUCCGUCAACUGGCAGAUGUUUACGGUGUUGCGUUUUCUCAUCGGGAUGAUGACAGGCUCUCUUCUGGUGGUGUGCUACCCGUAUUUCAUUGAGUUCGUUGGAAAGAAAUGGCGAUCACUUGCAUCUGCAAUUCCAGUCUGGGUAACUGGUUUAUGUGCAUUUGCCCUGUCCAGCUGGUUGAGGCCUGACUGGUCUCAUCAACACAUCAUAUUGGCGGCCCUUCAUCUGCCCUUCUUUGCGGGUUGGUUCUUUGUCCCAGAGAGUCUGCACUGGUUGGCUGUAAAAGGGCGGACUGAUGAGGCUGAGAAGGUCGUGGACCAGAUGAGUCGAUACAACAAGAGAGAGAAGCCCACCAACACACUGCAGCUGCUGAAACAAGUGGCAGAAGAGGAGCAGAAACUGAGGGCGUCUGGCAGCAAGUACACGUACCUUGACAUCUACAGGGGCUGGAGCAUCUGCUGGAAGUCUCUCAUCAUACAGUUCGUAUGGGCGUGUCUGUCGCUGAUGUACUAUGGGAUUUCGUUCGGUGCAGGGAGACUCGCAGGCAAUCUGUAUCUGAACAUUUUCCUUCUGGGAGUGGUGGAAGUGCCAACUACUGUGUUGACUUUCUUCACAAACAACAAAUUUGGUAGAAAAUGGACAGCGGUUGGUUUCUUUGCUGUUGCCACUUCCGCUGCUUUUGGUGUUGCAAUCAUUGCAAAAACAGUUUCAAAAGACGAACAGGGAGUCCUCAUUAACGUCUUGGCUCUGGUGACCAAACUCGGUGUUGGUGGAGCUUGGGCUGUCUAUGGGUUGUGGUCAAAUGAGACGUACCCUACUGUCAUAAGAAAUUUGGGUUUUGGAGCAGCUAAUACAGCAGCCCGAGUUGGCGGCAUGAUCGCUCCAUACGUCUUUGCAGGGGGCGAUGGUGACCUCGUGGAGCCUUUCGUCAUCGUUGGUUCGACCAUGGCCGUCUGUGGAGUGUUAUCUGUCGUAAUGAAGGACACGAAGGACCAGCCUCUGGCAGACACCGUGGGGAAUCAGAAGAACACACGCGGGGAUGUGACCAUGGUGGCGAUCCAUAUGGACAUAGAAACUCAGGAAGCUUUAGCCAGUUUGUCUUGAAUGAAUAAUUCCAGGAGUUGAAGGCUGUGGAGACUUAUUCGUGUGUGUAUCUGUUGAUGGCACAAGGCAUCUUGUUGAGGCGAAAACAAACACUGGAACGUUGCAUGAUUAAUUCAAGGAUGGCAAAAAUAGGCGAAACCUUGAUUGAAAGCAUCUCUUUGUGUGUCAUCGUUCUGUGUCAGUAAUGUACCUGGACACACUGACUUAUCAUUAGUACACUCUAUUCAGCCCUUACACACCCCUCUCACCAUGCCUCCUGUAGCUGUGUCUUCUCCUGCUCCUGACCACACUGACUAAUCAAUAGUACUCUCUUCUCCAACGUGACACACACCUCUCACCAUGUCUCCUGUAGCUGUGUCUUCUCCUGCUCCUGACCACACUGACUAAUCAUUAGUACUCUCUUCUCCAACGUGACACACACCUCUCACCAUGUUCUCCUACAGCUGUGUCUUCUCCUGCUCCUGACAACACCGACUAAUCAUUAGUACUCUCUACUCCAACGUGACAUACCCCUCUCGCCAUGUCUCCUACAGAUGUGUCUUCUCCUGCUCCUGACAACACCGACUUAUCAUUCGUACUCUCUACUCCAACCUGACACACCCCUCUCGCCAUGUCUCCUACAGAUGUGUCUUCUCCUGCUCCUGACAACACUGACUAAUCAUUCGUACUCUCUACUCCAACCUGACACACCCCUCUCGCCAUGUGCUUCUGCAGCUGUGUCUUCUCCUGCGCCUGACUGUAUUGACUAAUCAUGAGUACUCACAUUUAGCCCUUACAUUGUAUGAUGCCCAAUGGUGCUUCAUCGUGGCCCGUGGCACCGGGUCACCACAGUGCUGCACAACACGAUGUGACACACACCGGGGAUUUAUUAAGAUUUCCAUAUUCGUUAAUGAUGCUACCAUCGUGUUACGGGUAAUAGUGAUUAUUUUAUGACCUUUGCAAGUCGCCAACCGUUCUAAACGCAAAAGAGCAGGGAUUUUUCCGGAAGACUAGCAUUGUCUGUAAACUGAUUUGCGUGAAUCGAAAUGUUAUGCUUCGCAUGAUUGAGCAUUAUUAAAGCUGAAGCAUGGCAACAUGUUGCCAGAACAACCUGUGUCUGGAGGUGCAUGCACAUAUUUGACACUUUGUAUUUCCUCAUAUUCCAUCCAUCGUAACUGUACGAUGUCUAUGAUAAACACACAGACUAUACAAUGCCUAUGACGUACACAAGUCUAUACAAUGCCUAUGACGUACACAAGUCUA